AUGCCUUUCUUUUUUUCUUUUUUCUUUAUUUUUCCUUUCUUUUCAUUUCUUUUUCUUUUCUUUUCUUUUUCUUUUCUUUUCUUUAUCUCAUUCUCUUUUUACCUUUCUUUUCUUUAUUUUUCCUUUCUUUUUCUUUUCUUUUCUUUUCGUUUUCUCAUUCUCUUUUGCCUUUCUUUUUCUUUAUUUUUCCUUUCUUUUCUUUUUCUUUUCUUUUCUUUAUCUCAUUCUCUUUUUGCCUUUUUUUUUUUUUUUUUUCCUUUUUUUUCUUUUUUUUUCUUUUCGUUUUUCUCAUUCUCUUUUGCCUUUCUUUUUUUUUAUUUUUCCUUUCUUUUCUUUUUUUUUCUUUUCUUUUUCUCAUUCUCUUUUGCCUUUCUUUUUUCUUUAUUUUUCCUUUCUUUUCUUUUUCUUUUCUUUUCGUUUUCUCAUUCUCUUUUGCCUUUCUUUUUUCUUUAUUUUUCCUUUCUUUUCUUUUUCUUUUCUUUUCUUUAUCUCAUUCUCUUUUGCCUUUCUUUUUUCUUUAUUUUUCCUUUCUUUUCUUUUUCUUUUCUUUUCGUUUUCUCAUUCUCUUUUGCCUUUCUUUUUUCUUUAUUUUUCCUUUCUUUUCUUUUUCUUUUCUUUUCUUUAUCUCAUUCUCUUUUGCCUUUCUUUUUUCUUUAUUUUUCCUUUCUUUUCUUUUUCUUUUCUUUUCUUUUUCUCAAUCUCUUUUGCCUUUCUUCUUCUUCUUCUUCUUCUUCUUCUUCUUCUCAUUUUACUUUUGCUCUAUUUAUUUUUUUAAAGUUUUUUUUCAUAUUCCUUUUCUUUUAUCUUUUUAUCUUUUUAUUUGUUUGUUUCGUUUUCCUUCCCGUUUUCUCUUUUACUUUUCUUUUCCAUUUUCCUUCUUUUUUUUUUUUUUUUUUUUUUUUUUACUCUUACCUUUCUUUUCUUUUACUUUUCUUUUGUUUUUCUCUCUCGCUUUUCGCUUUUUUUUUUCCCCUCUCUCUCUUUCUUUCUUUUCUUUUUUCUAUCCUUUUCUGUCUGUCUUUCUCUUAUUCUCUUCUUUCCCUCUCUUUUUCUUUCUUUCCUUUUUUUCUUUUCCUAUAUUUAUACCUCUCUUUUUUCCAUUUUGUUUUCCCUGUCUUUUUCUUCCUUGUUCAAUUCAUCUUUUCUUUCUCAUCCUCCAUCACUUCAAUAAAGAUCUUGUUUCUGCAUACUCCCAGUAUGCUUUGCUACGAAGGAAAAAAAAAACGAGAAGAAAUCACGUGA